UGAUCUCUGAUUUUAUAACGCACAAUAAGCUCCUUUCUGUCAUCAACCAACAUGUCCACCGGCCCCCGAUUUGACAAGCUGCACGCCGAGAUGUUUGAGCUCGGUCUUCAGAACCGCCGCAAGGUGGUCGGCAAUGCUUAUGUAGACAUGGCUCUGCGGAACGGAUCAACCGAAUUUGCAUAUCCUAAUCAGCAGUUAGUGACCGAGUGGUGCUGGGGCAAUGUCUGGUCCCGCCCCGGCUUGAGCUUCAAGCAGCGGAGUCUUCUUAACAUCGGCAUGCUGAUCGCCCUCAAGAGCUGGCCAGAGCUGGCCAUCCACGUUCGUGGCGCUAUCAACAACGGUCUUAGCGAGAUGGAAAUCCGCGAGGCCAUCCUCCAGGCGUCGAUUUAUUGUGGCGUCCCGGCUGGGAUCGAAGCUACGAAGACGGCUGCUAGGGUUAUCGAUGAGAUGGUUGCCAACGGCGAGCACAAGAGAGAACUGGCAGAGGUGGCGGCGUUGGCAAAGUAG